GGGUGUCCUUAUAGCGUGGGUUUAUUUAAGGGGCCGACGGAAGGGAAAAGGAGCCGUCAGACGUUUCCGUAACGCAGCGACGCUUCGGCCGUGUAUCUUCUGACGGAGCAGAACAGCCAUUUUGCGAGGGCCGCCGGGCUGCGUGUGGGAAGGAGGCGUUUGCCGCUCUUUGUGCACGCCUCGCGGGGAGCCUCGAGCGGCAACGGCGCCGUGAGGCGGCUGUGGGGAGGCUGUGAGGUGACUUCGUGAGGCGGCUGUGCCGGGGAGGGCUCAGCUGGCGGCUGUGCUGUGACUCUGCUCAUGUGGAACGCGCUAAGAAUGAGUCUGCCACAAGACAGAAAUAGAAGCUCUUGCAGCAGUGAAACACUGGCAAAGUGCCUUCAGGCGAGGAAGGACUUGGAAACAGCUAUCUCUGGAAUUGUCAAAGCCGAGCAGCAGAUUAAAGAGAACUGGCGAGAGGUUAAAGCUAAGAUUCACAGCCAUAUCAGUCGCCAGCUGGAAUGCCUGCGCAGCCGUGAGGUGUGGCUGUUUGAGCAGGUAGAUCUCAUUCAGCAGCUGAAGGAGGAGGCGUUGCAGCAGCAAGCUCAGCAGCUCUAUUGGUACUUGGGACAGUUCAAUUGCCUUAUUCAUCAGCUGGAACACUCCUACAAUAACGAACUAGCAAACCAGAUUUCAGUUUGCCUGGAGAGACUGGAAGGUCUCACUCUUAAACCAGAGGAGUCUUCUGUUCUGAAUUUUGAGGCUGACACAUCGUACCUUCGCCAGGCUAUUACCUCAUUUGGUUCAAUCAAAACAAUGCAAACCUCAGAGAGAGAGAAUACUUCUCCUUGGUUCCCAGGGCAGAAUUGUUCCCUAACAAACUGUGAGCAGCAGAAAACACUGUGUGGGGCAGUGGGCACCUCGCUUGCUGACUGGUUGCUUGGAAGCAGACCUGUGGAUGUUUGCCGGGCUCCAUAUGUUCCCAGCACCAAUCUUGAGGAAUGGGUUACCCAAAAAUCUGUGUCAGAACCCAGCCAGGAUUUAAGCUCUUCCAAAGUCUGCUAUUUUGAGAAAGCCUGGGGAAACUUGAAAGAUUUGGAAAACUGGCUCCUGCGCAGUCAACAGCAUCAUGUUGCUGGGAAGACAGAUGGCCCUGGUCACAAGGACUCCACCUCGACUUCCAACUCGUCCUUUUCCGUGGAAAAUAAGGUGGAGGAUUUGGAAUCCCUUGUGCAAGAGGAGGUGGACCUUUCCGACUGGCUGCUUACACCUGGCAUGGAAAACGGAGGUAGUGCUUCAGAUGAGAAAUGGAAGAAUGAAUUUAAACCUUUUAGGGAAGAAUUUAAUUGCAAUGAUUGGCUCCUCAAAGCUGAAACAUGUACCAGUUGUCGUGGCAGCCAGAUCAAAAGUGUGGAAAUUGAGAACCUGGGAAAUCUGAAGUGCCUGAAUGAGCAUCUUGAUGGAAAGAAGUUGCCCACUACAUCUGCUGUAAAUGCCUGGCUUCUUCAGCACCCCCAGGCUCCUUUUAAAAUGGAAGAUGUGUGCAAAGCUAAUGAGCUGUGUAGCAGCUUCUCAGAGUGUGUGUGUGAUGAAAACUGUGGAAAAGAGGCUCUGUGUAAAUGGCUUCUGAAGAAAGAAGGAAAGGAUAAAAAUGGAGUUCCGGUAAGCCAGAAAGCUGUACCAAACCCAGAGCAUGAGAUGACAAAGUCUCUUGUCAAUUUCUGGCUUAACCCUUCACAACAGCUCCCAGGGGAACCUGUUAGCACCGAGAAAGUGGAUUAUUCAGCAGAGAUAGCAGAACCCUUCAAAGUACUGCUUGAAAGGCCUCUGACAAGCUGGCUAGCCAAGUCUGAACACAGAGCAGAAAGUGGAGAUGAAAAGGCAAGCAGAGAGAAAGUAAAUAGUUCCAGAAGUCCCUUUAUGGACCUCUUGGCUCCGUUCCACCACCCCUUGAACGUAAGCAGUUGGGUGUUGGCUUCAAACAACCUAGAAAAUGAUAACCCGCCUCCAGUGGAAGAUAAAUGGCUCCUACACAAGAAAGCACAAGAGUUUGGCCUUCCUACGGUUUGCGACCUGUUUGCCUGUAUGAAACUCAAUGGAGAUAACGAGAGAUGGCUGUGUCGCACCACUCUGCAGAUGUGAAGAACUGGAGGCGUUGGGAUUGUCCCCUUCCUGCUGACGAAACGCACAUCACGCUGAGUGACUGCAGCCAGCUGAAUUCUCAUCUUGGUGUUUGGGGGUCUGCUUUGUCUUUUACAAUUAUAACAGAAAAACAAAUAUUCAUAUAACAGAGUUGUGGUGCAAAAUACGUCAUCGUCUUAUGAUUAAUUUUGAAAUGUAAACCCACUGAGCAUAAGCAAUCUGACACUAUAGAGAUGUUAGUCAAUUUGUAUGUUAGGGGAUUACCUGCAUCUUCUUUCAUGGGCUCUCUUGAAGUAUAUUGAAACCAGUGCAAGCAUAAAGCAAAAUCUCUGUGGUGCUGUGAAUCAUCCACCUUGGCCAUCCACUUCAGAAAUGUUGCAUUUACAUUCAGAUGCCACAGCUUUGACAUGAGCUGGAUUCUAGCUCACUGGGGUUGCGAGGUAGCUUAGACUGUGCUUGGAAUUAAUUGUUUUUAAUUGAGCAGUUGCUAAUUGCAAAGGUUUCUUUUGCAUCUUAUAUUGGUGUGUAUCCCAGCUGAGUACGCAUAGUCUAAAUUUUGAAUACCUCUGUUUGUGGAACCUGGCACAUGACAUGGAGAGUUGGUAACAUGGUUUGCAAGUUCUUGAGCCCUUCAGAGGACAAGGUAGACAUUGGUCUGACAAAGGAAAAACAAAAUCAGGUUGGUGGGCUUUUCCAGAGUGUGAGCUUUGAUGCAUCAGUAGAGCCAGAACCUUCUGUGUCCACAGCAUUUAGUAACUACUGAAAUUUCAUGGGAAGAACUGUAAAAUUACAUGUGUUUGUUUCUGAUAGUUUUAGGUAAGUCAUGAUGAGCUUUUAUUGAUUAAGCCAGUGGAAAGCAGGAAUCCUAGCCAGGUGGCAUUUAAGGUAAUAUUUGGGGAAUUGGAUUCCUUCUCUUCAGAUUAGAUUUUUUUUUUUUUUUUCCUAUUUUAAUUGGGAAGCACUGGCUUUACAAACUGCAGAUCCCACUGUCUGAUCAAUUUUAAUGUUUUAGCUGUGAAAUUUCUUACUGUUAUCAGUAUAAAUUGAGGGUUUCAGUAAUUCUGCUCCCUAUAGCCGUGGACAUGCAGCUCAGGAGAUACUUUACAUCUUGAGUUCAUGGGGAACAAAGCGAUGUUGGGUGGAAAUGUGGGUCACACCUGUCAGUUUGCAUGAGAAACUGAAGUUGCAUCAUUCCUGCUGCAGCUUCUGCUCACUUCAAACUUAGUGACUAAAAAGCCUCCUCUUUUCCCUACGGGUGAGGCCUGCCUCAGAGUAAAAAUGAUUUCACUUCCUUGCAGUGCUGUAGAAAUUAACAAGAUCCAACCUUGGUAUGUGCGCACACGUUGCUGUCUGAUACAACCUGUGUAUUUGUUCCAGUUUUGGGGCUGAGAGGUACGCUGCACACCUGAAACUGGACCCCAAAAGGGCUUGACAUCAGUGGACCACUACCUAGAGGCUUUUGUACUUCAGUAGUUGGAGCUUUCUACUGAAAGCAGAAAGGUGCUUCCGAAGCUCACUUUUCUCCUUUGAACGUGUCUUUGUGGCAUGGGGAGAUGUACUAUCACUAACUCCAAUAAUAGCCUAAUUUGAUUAGCAGUUGAACUUGAUGAAGAUGAUUGAAGUGCAGCCCACCUCCUGUAAUUCCUCGUAGUUGUGUGCUACCUUAUCAGUUCAUUAUGAGCCUUUAAACCUUGGGAGUAUGUAUUCCUUUACUUACUCAACUGACUUAUCACUAAUUGAUAUUUAUGUAAAACAUUAACUAGUCUUUUCCAUUAAAAUAAUUGCAGCCAA